AUGACCCAAGACCCAACCACCAUGGAAUUAGUCCAGAAAGAACACGAUCGACUUCUCAAGAAAACUGAGGCUUCACUGGGCAUAAAAAAUGUACAGGCUACGAUUGACUUAUUGCAGUCUGCUCGCGAUGCCAUAGCUGCUGACCCAACCUCUGCUGCUGUCACUUUAGCCAAGCUUCAAAAGCCGGUCAAAUCUUCCUUCGAUUCUAUCAAUGAUAGCUUGAAAGAGACUCACAGUGGCCUGAACAAGUAUACCAAGUCUCUAGACAAGCUUUUUAAAGAUCGACCACUACCUAGUACCGACGAUGAUGGCCUUUCCGCACAUGAGAACAUGAUCAACCGCGCCAUCGCUAUGCAUCUGCUCCGCGAAGGCCAGUUCGGCGUGGCGGCUACCUUUCUCUCCGAGAUCGCCGAGCAAAAAGCAAUCAAUCCGGUCCCCCAGACCGGGAACAACAUACCCGCAAACCUGCCUGACAUCGACGAAGUCCCUUCGACCGAGAUUCGGAAACAAUUUGCCUCGAUGUACUACAUACUACAACAGCUCCAAGAGAACAGGAAUCUACUUCCUGCGAUCGAGUGGUCGAGGGAGAACCGUGAGGCACUUGAAGCUCGAGGAAGUAACCUCGAAUUCGAGCUAUGUCGCCUACAGUAUGUAUGGCUUUAUCAUGGUGGGGCAAACAAUCUGGGAACCGGAAACGGAUGGCUAGCUGCGCUCCAGUAUGCGCGGCAGGAGUUCCACGUUUUUGUGCCACGAUACCUGCGAGAGGUUCAGCAGCUGGUGGGUGCAAUGGCGUACUCAUCCAAUCUUGGUGGCUCGCCAUACGCUGCGCUUUUUAAUAACAGCUCAGCCUGGGAUGACGUAGCCCACUUUUUCACUCGCGAGUUCUGUUCUUUACUGGGUCUAUCGGCAGAUUCGCCGCUUUAUAUUGCUGCUACGGCGGGUGCAAUCGCUUUGCCGACGCUGUUGAAGCUACAGACGAUCAUGAAGUCGAAGCGAACGGAGUGGACGUCCGAAAACGAGCUACCGGUCGAAAUCCCGCUCCCUCCUCAAUACCUCUUCCAUUCUAUCUUCGUCUGCCCAGUAUCCAAAGAGCAGGCCACUGAUGAUAACCCGCCGAUGAUGAUGCCGUGUGGACAUGUCAUUGCACAAGAAUCAUUGAAGCGUCUGGGUAAAGGGAACCGGUUCAAAUGCCCAUAUUGUCCUAGCGAGAGCCACCCUAAGGAAGCUAAGAAAGUGUUCCUGUAA